GAAGGGGCUGGUCUUGGGUGUGUAUUCUGCAGAAGACGGCAAGGACAUCAAACUGAGUGAAAGAGCUGAAAAGUUUAAUCAGGUAUCACAAGGAAAACUAUUGGAAAGCAUACAUUUGUCGGCAACUUCAUUAUAAAUUGCUAAAAAAUGGCAACUAACCGUGAUGGUCGCAGUAGUUCUGCAUCCUCACAUAGUGGUUCAAAUAUACCACCAAAUCGUUCCUCUAUUCGUACCCCAAAACGGCCACGCCCACAAACAGGCAGUUUUGAAGAAAAAAGUGCUGAUUUUUCAUGUCCAAUAUGCUUAACUUUGAUUGAAGAAGCUCAUAUAACCAAGUGUGGUCAUACCUUUUGUUACGGAUGUAUAACAAAAGCAUUAGAAAAUCAGAAACGUUGUCCAAAAUGUAAUUCAGCCAUUACCAUUACAGAGAUUUUUCCAAAUUUUUUAUUAAAUGAUUUAAUUAAGAAGCAUAAAAUGAGGCUCAAUGGAUAUGAAGCGCUCGGCAUAACAAGGGACAGUUCUGGAGAGUUUAGCACUGCUGCAGAUGGUUUAAGAGAGUUUGUAGCUACAGAGUCCCAAAAUUUAACAUUACCAGAUGUAAAUGUCAUGUUAGAAGUGCUUACUCAGAGGAAACAAUUGCUGGAAGCUGAAACUUGUGCAGCACAAAACCGGUUACUUCUAGAAUUUUUAAAGCAUUUGUUGAAGCAGAAACAGGAGAGGCAAGCGCAAAUUGCAAAGGAGAUUACCAUUAUUGAGCAUGAUAUUGAAGAAGUCAGUGAGAAGUUAAAAGAAGUUCAUAGCAAGUGUCCAACUUUAGAGGAUGUCGAAAGGACUGCUGCAGGAGCAUCUGAAUCAGAUGCUUCUACUAUCAAUGCUAUGAAAAAGGAGAUGAUGGAAAUCAUUGACAAUAUCGGUUCAUCGGCAGAUCGGAAGGAGGAAAACGCGACAGAAACGCCGGCCCGGCCGUUCGCUUCGCUCGCCAUGCGGCGAAGACGAAUGCACGCGUACUUUGAAGAUUUCGUGGAUUGCUAUUUUUCGUGUCGAUCGAAAGAUAUGAUAUUCGGCAAAGAUUGCGACGAUAAAACCAAAUCGUCCGGCGAAUCGGGACCGGGUUUGGAUCGGUUCAGGGAGAGCCUGAUUAAAUUUUCCACGUACAAUUCGCUCAGAGUGUUAACGACGCUGAAUUACUCCACGGAUCUGUUCAACAACUCGACGAUAGUCUCGAGCAUAGAGUUCGACAAAGAUAACGAGUUUUUCGCCAUCGCGGGGGUCACGCGAAAGAUAAAAGUGUUCGAUUACGGCGCAGUCGUGCGGGAUAUCGUCAACAUUCACUACCCGUGCAUCGAGAUGGUGUCGAGGUCGAAAAUAUCCUGCAUAAGCUGGCACAGUUACCACAAAAGCACGUUGGCCUCGAGCGAUUACGAAGGUACCGUAACGAUAUGGGACGCUUCGACCGGUCAGCGAACGAAAACGUACCAGGAACAUGAGAGGCGUUGCUGGAGCGUCGACUUCAACUCGGUGGAUACGCGAUUGAUAGCGUCCGGAUCGGACGACGCCCGCGUCAAACUUUAUUCGUUGAACGAGGAACAUUCGAUAGCGACCCUCGAAGCGAAGGCGAACAUUUGCUGCGUCAAGUUCAAUCCGAAAAGUUCGUCACACUUGGCGUUCGGCAGCGCCGACCACUGCGUCCAUUACUACGACCUGCGCAACAUGAAAAACUCGCUGAACGUGUUCCAGGGACACCAAAAGGCCGUCAGCUACGUCAAGUUCAUGAACGGCGAGGAAAUCGUGUCCGCUUCGACCGACUCGCAGUUGAAGAUGUGGAACGUGAAGACCCCCUACUGUUUGAGGUCGUUCACGGGCCACCUGAACGAAAAGAACUUCGUCGGAUUAGCGACCGAUGGCGAUUAUCUCGCCUGCGGCUCCGAGAACAACGCCCUGUUCGUUUAUUACAAGGGGCUGAGUAAAAAGUUGUUCAGUUACAAGUUCGAGACGGUGGGCGGGCUGUUGGAGCCCGCUAGGAGGGAGGACGAUCCCAACGAGUUCGUCUCGGCGGUCUGUUGGAAACAGAACUCGAACGUCGUGCUCGCGGCGAACAGUAGGGGUAUAAUCAAUAUAUUGGAAUUGGUAUAAU